AUGAUUGCCUGGGAUCCUGUCUUCAACCAGUCGGGCCCCACGGAGUUUGUAUUCCGUGUGUUCUCCACGGUGCCAGAAAUCCAAGCCCUCCUCUUCCUUCUGUUCCUCCUUCUCUACUUGAUGAGCCUUGGGGGCAACACGGCCAUCAUCUGGGUGGUGUGCACGCUGAGCUCUCUCCACACCCCCAUGUACUUCUUUCUGUCCAACCUGUCCUUUAUAGAGAUCUGCUACUCCACCAACGUGGUGCCUUUGAUGCUCUCCAACAUUCUGGGGGCCCAGAAGCCCAUCCCCUUGGCUGGCUGCGCCACUCAAAUGUUCGUUUUUGUCACUCUCGGCGGUGCUGACUGUCUUCUUUUGGCAGUCAUGGCUUAUGACCGCUACGUGGCCAUCUGCCACCCCCUGCAGUACACGCUCAUCAUGACCCAGAAGCUGUGCGUCCAGAUGGUGGUGGGUUCCAUGGUGCUGGCCAUCUCGCUUGCACUGUCACUCACCGGCCUCAUCUUCACGCUGCCCUUCUGUGGGCGCCGCAGGGAGAUCAACCACUUCCUGUGUGACGUCCCUCCAGUCCUGCGCCUGGCCUGUGCGGACAUCCACGUGCACCAGGCCGUCCUCUACAUGGCGAGCACCCUCGUGUUGACUGUCCCCUUCAUCCUCAUCUCUGUGUCCUACUCGUUCAUUGCACUGGUCAUCCUGCGCAUCAGUUCUGCUGAAGGCCGCCGGAAGGCCUUCUCCACCUGCUCCUCGCACCUCAUGAUGGUCUUGCUGCAGUACGGCUGUGGGGCUCUGGUCUACCUGCGUCCCCAGUCCAGCUCCUCAGAGGAUGAGGAUCGCCCCUUUGCCCUCUUCUACACAUUUGCCACCCCCAUCCUCAACCCCCUCAUCUAUACCCUUAGGAAUAAAGAUAUCAAGACUGCCCUCAAAAAGGCCAUCACAGUAGCCAAGGAACAGCUGAAGGUCUCCAGUGACCCGAGUCACAGGGGCAGGUGUGUCAGAGACAAAGAUGUCACACAAGAGACGUCUAAGAAAAAUGAUGCCAUAGCCUUUAUUAAGAUCCAAAAAUCUUGA